UAUAUGUUGUAUAUCUCUUCAUUGGAUUCUAAAUGUAAUGCUAAGUGCUAAUUCAUUCACAUUUUAGCCGAAAUAAUAUGAAUUAAACAAUCACGAAUUAGCAUAAUGUUUUCAUACAGUCAAGAUCCUGAUGUUGUUCGGUGGGGCCUCCAGCUCUUUGAUGGUGGGCCGUUUACUGACAACAGCUAUUCCGGAUAUGGUCCACAAAAUUAUGGAGAUUGUUAUCAUGAUCAGUAUUCUAGAGAAGCAAGUUAUGACACGGAAUGUAUCAGCACAGGAAAUGACAAACUUCCUAUACUUGUCCUUCCGGAAAACACGUCCCCAUUUUCGGUUUCAGAAGAAUCUGCACCUUCUUGUGAGGAAGUUGAUCAUUCACAAACAUCUUUUUAUUUACAGGAUUCUCUUAACCAGUCUAUGGCAAACUACAGCCUUGGAGAUGAUGAGAACGCAAAUGAUGUGCCACCUUCUACUUCAUGUGGUAGCCCUACCAGGCAGUUGAAUUACGGGGAGGAGUGGGCUUACUCUUUGGAACUAAAUGAUGACUAUGCUUAUGACGAUGAAGUAGGCAAGAGGUUGAAUCAGAUGGCUUCUAUUCCUCAUGUUCCCAGAGUCAACGGAGAAAUACCUUCUAUAGAUGAGGCAACUUUGGAUCAUCAGAGGCUACUUGACAGGCUACAGUUAUACCAGUUAGUAGAGUCUAAAGUUCUAGGCGAUGGAAAUUGCCAGUUUCGAGCUCUCUCAGAUCAAGUGUACCGUUCGGCAGAGCACCAUGAAUUUGUGAGACAACAAAUCGUAGAUCAGCUUGAAUCACAUGCAGAGAUAUACGAAGGAUAUGUCCCCAUGGUUUACAGUGAUUACUUGAAGAAUAUGGCCAAGGUCGGUGAAUGGGGCGAUCACGUCACUUUGCAGGCUGCUGCUGAUUUGUAUGGCAUCAAAAUCUUCGUAAUCACGUCAUUCAAGGACACCUGCUAUAUUGAGAUUGUUCCAAGUGUCCAAAGGUCAAAUCGAGUAAUUUUCUUGAGCUUUUGGGCAGAGGUUCACUACAAUUCAAUACAUCCUGAUGAAGAUGGGCCGAACAUGAGACCGUGAAAAACAUGAAGAACUGAUGUAGAAGAUGAGUAUUUGAGUGGCUAUUGCAGCUCUGUUCCCGCUAAUAUCAUUUAACGUGCAGCAUAGACUCUGCUCAAGUUUUAGUGGCCAUAUGUUGCAUAUGAUAUGGCAUAUACAAUAACAAGUUGUGCUCUCUCCCACAGUCUAGAACAAUUACAUUUUUAUUGUAUUCUGUAUAAACCAAUUUGUUUUCGGUUUUUUGGUUUAACUAGUAAAAUGGUGAAUCUAUUACGAUUACUCUUUAUAAAUUUUUUUUGAACGGCA